AUGUCGUUGUGGGUAGAUAAAUAUAGACCUAAGUCGUUGAAUGCACUUUCACAUAAUGACGAAUUGACAAAUUUCUUGAAAUCGCUAGCUGAUCAACCUCGUGAUUUACCUCAUCUACUACUAUAUGGACCGAAUGGCACAGGUAAAAAGACACGUUGUAUGGCGCUAUUGGAGUCUAUAUUUGGAGCAGGAGUUUACAGGCUAAAGAUUGACGUUAGACAGUUCGUCACUUCCUCGAACAGGAAAUUAGAAUUGAAUGUGGUCAGUUCGCCAUAUCAUUUAGAGAUCACACCAAGCGAUAUGGGUAAUAAUGAUAGAAUUGUCAUUCAGGAACUACUGAAGGAAGUGGCACAAAUGGAGCAAGUGGACUUCCAAGAUUCUAAGGAUGGAUUGGCUCACAGAUAUAAAUGUGUUAUAAUUAACGAGGCAAACUCUUUAACAAAAGAUGCUCAAGCAGCCUUAAGGCGUACCAUGGAAAAAUACUCCAAGAACAUUAGAUUGAUCAUGAUCUGCGAUUCAAUGUCCCCUAUAAUUGCUCCCAUCAAAUCACGUUGUCUACUGAUUCGUUGCCCCACACCAAGUGACAACGAAAUUUCCAAGAUUCUGUCAGAUGUAGUAACGAAUGAAAGAAUAAACCUGGAAACAAAAGAUAUUUUACAAAAGAUAGCCCGGGAAUCAAAUGGCAAUCUUCGAAUCUCGCUGUUGAUGCUUGAAUCUAUGGCAUUGAAUAAUGAAAUGACACUGAAAAGCAGUAGUCCUAUAAUAAAGGCGGACUGGCUUAUCGUGAUCCAAAAACUAACGAGGAAAAUCGUGAAAGAGAGAUCUGUUAAUUCUUUAAUUGAAUGCAGAGCCGUUCUGUACGACUUGCUAGCUCAUUGUAUACCUGCAAACGUCAUCUUGAAGGAAAUAACGUUCGCUUUACUGGAUGUGGAAACCUUGAACACCGGAAACAAAUCGUCGAUUAUUGAAUAUUCAAGUGUUUUUGACGAGAGGCUAUCGCUUGGAAACAAGGCGAUCUUCCACUUGGAAGGAUUUAUAGCAAAAGUCAUGUGCUCCUUAGAUUGA